GGUGAUGGCGAUCAGAAAAAUAGGAAGGAAAUAGUCAAAAUGUAAACAGUUUCUCUUGGCCUCUUUCACUAGCCUUUCUUCCUCAUCUCUCUAUUAUUUGCACUGUUUUACGAGUUAAAAGGCUGUUAAUACGUUAUGCCCAACAAUUCAAUUCUCUAACAUUCUAACCAAAAUUCUGAAACAAAAAUUUCUUGUCUUCCUUAUCUGACUAAAUGGGCCUCACCGAAGAUCAGAAAAACGCUAUGAAAGAGGCUUUCACUCUCUUUGAUACCGACAGCGACGGCAAGAUAGCUCCGACGGAGCUCGGGGUCUUAAUGAGGUCCCUAGGCGGUAACCCCACCCAAGCUAAACUCAAAGAAAUCGUGGCUCAAGAGAAGUUAACCGCACCCUUCGAUUUCUCACGCUUUAUGGGGCUAAUGGAGAAGCACUUAAAAACGGAGCCGUUCGAACAGAAGUUGCGCGAUGCGUUCAAGGUGCUGGAUAAGGAGGCGACCGGCUUCGUCCUGGUGUCAGAUCUUAAACACAUUUUGACUAGCGUUGGGGAGAAGCUGGAGCCAACGGAGUUCGAUGAUUGGAUCAAGGGAGUCGAUGUUAGCUCCGAUGGGAAGCUCAAAUACGAUGAUUUCAUUGCCAAGAUGGUUGCUAAGUGACAUAGAAGAUCAUUCAAUAUUUCUUCUAUUUUGUUCUUCCAUUGUCAACAAAUGCUUUUUUUUAUUCUUUUUAAAUUUCAACAUUAGUGUUUAAAUGUUUCUAUAAUUUCAGCAAAAUCCUUUUCAAAUAGAAAAUUUAUAUCAGAAUAUUAUGAUUCGAUUCUGAAAAGGGAAAAGAAAUUCGUGUUGUAGUGAUUUUAGUUUUUGUAAUUUGAAAUCAACAUUGUAAUUAAGCAAUUGUUUUUUUUAAA